AUGAAUCCGUAGAGUUUUCAACAGUAUGGUUCAUGUCAUGAACAAAAAAGAUAAGUUUUACUUUUCCACCAAAAAUGUAACCUGGUUUUUAUAAAUUCUCCUCCACGGAAAUGUUAUCCAAACUAUUAUAUCUCUAAUGAUAUCACUCCUAUAUUAUCUCUAGUAUUUGGCACGUCUAACACGGUAUUCAAUUCUCUGGCAUAACUUAUAUUUACUUAUUAGCGCGUUUAAGUAUCAAUAAGUUCUAAAAUGGUAAGCUGUUCAAAUAUCAUGGUGGUCAUGAUACUCGUAGUGGUUUGCAACAGAGUUAACUGUUGUAGCGGCAAGGAUUCCAGAUGCGGACGUCACGGCCCAAAAAUCAGAUUUCCAUUCCAUUUUAAAGACAGUGAAACAGAAGAUGGAUGUGGUUAUAAAGGCUUUGGUCUUACUUGUUCAGACACACACAAAACACUGCUUGAGCUUCCUUCACAUUCUGGCCCAAUUGUACUCCAAGUCAAAACCAUAAAUUAUCAAGACCAAUAUAUAUUCGUAUCUGACCCAGGAAAUUGUCUUCCUGGAAAGCUUCUUAAGCUCCACCAAUCACAAAUGUCUACUUUUCAGUUAUAUAAGUAUCCCGAAGAUUCUUCUAAAUCCAUUUUCCUUAAUUGUAGCUCAUUAUCCUGCCCUGUUUAUGUUGUUGAUUCUGGCAAUAGCCUCCUUCAUUCGGGUUUUGACCCAAUACUCUGCACCAGAACUCCAGAUAUUAUUUCUUCACUACGCCGGUCGGAAGAUGAGGAUUGUGAUGAUUGUUAUGGUUUGACAUGGUCGAAACCCAAUUGUAGCAUGUGUGAAAUACAAGGAAAGAUGUGUAAACUCAAAAACAACGGAACUGGAGACGAGAUAGAAUGUUUUGAACGUCAACACAAACCAAUUAAGAAGAUACUUCUAUAUGUCACAGUUGCGAUUGUUGGUGCAAUUAUGGUGGUGUUGAUUCUUAAAACAUAUUUGCGUCUCUAUAACUAUUUUAAAACAAAGGGUGAAGAUGAGGCCAGAAUUGAAAAGUUUUUAGAGGAUUAUCGGGCGCUCAAUCUUACGAGAUUCUCUUUUGUAGAUAUAAAGAGGAUUACAAAUAACUUUAGAGAAGAGUUAGGUGAAGGGGCUCAUGGAGCAGUUUUUAAAGGUAAAUUAUCUAAUGAAAUUCUCGUGGCUGUGAAGAUGCUAAAAAACACCGUGGAUGAUGGAAAAGAGUUCAUUAAUGAAGUGAAAGCAAUGGGAAAAAUUCACCACAUUAAUGUAGUUCGCUUGAUUGGAUUUUGUGCGGAUGGAUGCUAUCGUGCUCUUGUUUACAAUUUCUUUUCAAAUGGCUCAUUACAAAACUUCAUAACUCAACCUAAAAACAUUAAUCGUUUUUUUGGUUGGGAAAUGCUCCAACAAAUAGCUCUUGGCAUAGCCAAAGGUAUUGAGUAUCUUCACACGAGUUGUGAUCAACGAAUUCUUCACUUUGAUAUUAAUCCCCAUAACGUGUUAUUAGAUGACAAACUUGUUCCAAAAAUUACAGAUUUUGGUUUGGCUAAAUUGUGUUCUAAAACUCAAAGUGUAGUUUUAGUAACUGCCGCGAGGGGGACUUUAGGUUACAUUGCACCUGAAGUAUUUUCGAGGAACUUUGGAAAUGUAUCAUAUAAAGCUGACAUAUAUAGUUAUGGGAUGUUAUUACUUGAAAUGAUUGGAGAAAGAAAGAGUAUAAGUGAACUUUCAGAGGAAAAUUUUAAAGUUCUAUAUCUAGAAUGGGUUCAUGAGUUUCUUGAAGGGCGAGAUAUGCAAUUGAAGAUUGGGAAAGUAGGAGAUGAUGUAAUUUUAAAAAAACUUGCAAUUGUAGGAUUGUGGUGUAUUCAGUGGAAUCCAAUAAAUCGUCCAUCGAUAAAAGGUGUGCUCAAAAUGUUAGAAGCUCAAGAAGAAGGAAAUUUGAUUGUGCCUCCAAACCCUUUCAACUCAACAAUUUUCAAAAAUAGUGAAAUCCCAAAAAAGUAUUCAAUUUUAGAGUUAGAGUCUAUACAUGAAUGAGAUAUGGUUGUCACAUUAGAAAAUAUCAGGUGCGACAAGAUUAACAUUUUAUAUAUUAUUUAGGUACAGUGUUAAUCUUGAUGCAUUUAAAUAUUUAUGCAAAAUAUCAUAUGGACAUAGCGAUGGCAACAUAAGAUACCCGUCCAAACUCAUUUUGAAUUUGACUGAAAAAACUCAUUUUGAUUGGGGUUGGAUU